GAAGGUUUCGAGUUUGAAAAGCCAGCCGAAGGAGGCGAUGCUGCUGAUGCGGAACAACGCAAUGUGCUAAUGGCAAAAAGAAGUGUUCUGGAAAUCGAGUCUUCCUUGGCACAAACAUUGCUUCAAGCGGCAGACGAGACGGACUUCAUUACAGCAUUUGAAUCACUGAAAUGGAUGAGUAUUUCAUCGAUUGAUUUUCAAAUUCGCAUUUUACCUCAAAGGGCUUUGACCAGCUUCCUGAAAAUGCUUUUGGUCGUUUUGAGGAGUCAUCGCGAUUUUGAGCUCGUGCAAUCAUAUUUAGCGGCUUUCCUAAGAAUACAUCGAAAUAAGCUGUGGACUAGUGAUGCUGAAGCGGAGGAUCUGGAGAAGACGCUCGAUGAAUUGAGAAAUGAAUUAAGGAGCAGCUGGGAAAGGAUGGAUCAGCUGUUGCUGGAUAAUGCAUCCAUGAUACAGUGGAUUAAAACAGCCCUGUUGUAA